AUGCCUGCCCGUAUCAAAAAUGAGCGGCGCGCCCAGACCGUCGGCUCAGCUGCCAGGGCCUCGCUCUCCCCCGGCACAGUCCGCGAGUUCCCAAGCAGGGCUGCCCGGUCAGCUGCUCCUAGCGCGAGCACCUCCCAGGCCCUGGCCUCGCUUCCGGCAGCGUCCGAGGCGGAAGAGAUCGACGACGAGGUAAUGAUAAUGGAGACGCGGCCCAAGCGGAGAGGCGCGGCCGUCAAGUCCGAGUUCAUCAGCUCGGAGCCGCAGAACGAGUCCUUCUUUGGAGGUAGCAUCUCCAACGACUCGGUUCUCAGGCGCAACUUUGGCAAGAUCGCCAACAACCUGACUGCGCUGGGCGAGACCCUCGGCGAGCUUCAAACUCUGGGCAUCCAGCAUGUGGCGGCACUGCCGUCGCUGGUGCUGGUGGGCGAUCAGAGCUCGGGCAAGUCCACACUCAUGUCGGGCAUCGCUGGCAUCUCCCUCCCCCAGAGCGACGGAAUGUGCACCCGCUGCCCACUGCACAUCCGUCUCGCCAAGAGUCCGACCUGGAAACUUCAGAUAUCGCUCCAGCAGGACUAUAAGUUCGACCCGGAUAAGCGCCAUAAGGAAUUCGGCAAUUGGAUCGACCAACCCCGCGUCACCAGGGAGUUUUGGUCCACGACGGUCAAGGACGACACCGACAGCCACAUUCGCAUGGCCCUCGGCUGGGCUCAGGUUGCCAUCCUGAACCAUGACAGCAACUAUCGGCAGUACAUCCCGACGUACCGUGACCGGCUGGAGCCGGAGCAGGAGCAGCAGGAAAAGGCCCGUCUCGAGGAGCAGGAGCGUCUCGCCAGGGCAACCUUCAGCCCCAACACAGUCGCCCUGCACAUUUCGGGCCCCAGCUGCCCAGACUUAUCAUUUUAUGACCUCCCGGGCAUCAUCAAGACGCCCAAGCACGAAGAGCAGUCGUAUCUUGUCAAGAUGGUCGAAAACCUGGCUACCAAGUACAUCAACGACAAGAACGCCAUCAUAAUAUGGGCAGUGGCCAUGAACGCCGACCCCGAGAACUCGUCCACACUUACGCUCAUCCGCAGCAAAAAGGCCAAGGACAGGACGGUUGGGGUCAUGACCAAGGCGGAUUUGCUCCCGCAGUCCGGUCGCAAUCACGACCAGUGGCUGCAUAUGCUCCAAGGCAAGCAGCACAGCGUCGGCCACGGGUUCUUCAUCACGGCCCGAAAGCCUGGCCAUGACCUCGAUCAUCAGAACAGGUCCGAGGAAUCGUUUUUCAACGGCCACGACUCGGACGAAGCCAACUGGCCCAGAACGUUUGAGCCAUUCAGCAAGCGAUGCGGUCUGCAGGCGCUAAUCGUCUUCCUGUCCGAGACGCUGAGCAACGCGUUCCAUCAAAGCCUUCCUGGAAUCCUCGGUAUGAUCGAAACCCGACUCACUGACAUCAACGAGGAGUUGAAGCGUCUGCCCGACACUCCCCAGCACCCGUACAAUGACAUGAUCCAGGCCAUGUUCAUGUUCCGAAAGGAGGUUGAGAAUGAGCUCAAAAUGGACGGCAACUUUGACAACGCCUGGGGAGCGCUGAUCGAGACUUUCGAGGCGGACAUUCUCAAGCUCAAGCCCAAGUACAACAUCAAGGACCCCAAAGGCCCGCGGCCGACGCCGCCCGUGACACCGACGGCAAACAGGACCAUCCAGGUUAUCGAUUUGAUUAAGAGCUCCGAUGAGGCCCCGGAUACGCCGUCCCGUCGUCGGAAUCACCGGGCCUUCAUGGAAGGCCAAGAUAACGUCUCGGGCACACCCAAGCGACCCCGGUAUAUCAAGGACGAGGCUGACAGCCGGGCCGGCAGCGUGGCGCCCAGCCUGUCGGGUGCAGGUGCGGAUAUCCGGACGCUGGAGCAGGUGCGCAGGUGCAUUCGCGGGGCGACCAAGCACGGGGUGCCCGACGAGAUGCCCACCGAGGUCAAGCGCAACCUCAGCCUCGAGGCCAUCGCGCGCUGGGAUAUCCCGCUCAACGAGUUUAUGUCGCAGUUCGUCAAGCUUUUGCAGGACGAGCUCCAGAGGCUGCUCAGACGCUCGUUCGACGACCUGCACAACAAGGCCGUAUUCUACAACGCGCAGGAAGUGGUGGGCCAGUUCGUGGUCACCCAGGAUGCGGCGCUGAAGCAGAUGCUGUCGGCGUUGCAUCACCGCGAGCGGAACCGGCUAUAUACGCGCGACGAAAUCUCUUUCGACCAUUGGCAGCAGUACGAGCGCAAUGUACUGACGCACUCGCGGCAUUGGUAUCGGUGGGGCGCGCACAUGGCCUCGCAGCGCAACCCGAGAGAGCAAAGCCCCCUCAUUGCCUGGGACAGCAUGUCGGCGCAGCAAAAGCACGAGGAGGAGAAGGAGCGGCAAACGCUGGAGCAGGCGCAGGGCCCGGACCCGUACCACAAAGAACUCGAGGUGUGCUCGUACGUACGGGCCUACUACCAGACGGCGGCGCGGCGGUUUAUCGACUCCGUCGCGCUGGCCGUCGGGGCCGAGCUCAUCCCGGCCCUGGUGAGCAAGCUGGCGCGCGAGUACCACCUGGACCAGUCGCUGGGCUUCCGCACGGGCGUCACCAUGGACGAGGCGCGCGUGGAGGAGCUCAUGGCCGAACAGCCCGAGGUGGCGGCCAAGCGCGGCAAACUCCAGGACGAGCAGGGAAAACUCGAAAGCGCCAUGGCGUCGAUAAAUAAGCUCAAGCUGGAGUCGGCCGACAACGAUAGCGCCGUUGACGUCGGCAGCCAGACGAACCCGGCCACGUCGUUUGCCAGCUGGGGCGAGCGGUUCCAGGCGACAGUUGACGAUAACGAUGAGGGCGCUGUGGCUUAG